AUGGUAAUUAGUUGUAUGCUUGGCUUAGUGGCAGCCACAAGGGCAUGUCUCAAGGACAGUGAUUGCCUAACCAGGUCGAGGCCUGAUGUCCACUCAAUGUUUUGUGUCAAUAAUGUCUGCCAAAAGGUCUUGCCUCCGGGGAAGCACUGCACCAAGCCUACCGAGUGUUCGUCGUAUUCAUUUUUCGGACCGCUGGCCUGCACUGGAAAGUGUAAAAUAGAGAGCGAGUGCGAAUACGGAAAAGACGACAACUUCGACUCCAUGUAUUGUUGUAGAAGCAUUCCAGAAGGGAAAGAGUGCAACCCAGACAGGCCAGCAUCUCUCAACGGGUGUGACAUCCGACAGUCAUGCUUGAUGGGGAAGAAAGGAUUCUAUGAGUGCGUUCCUGACAAGUCGAGCUCCUGGAUAUUUGGUGUAUUUCUAUCGGUAAGCGGAAACAUCGGGAUAAACGUUGGAAUAAACCUUCAGAAGAAAUCGUAUAAACAGGCCCACAUGAGACUAUUUGGUAUGAACCUGCAGACGUUUUAUGCAGGAUGCUUUACAUACGGACUUGGGAAGAUUCUUGGGUAUUGUUCGUAUGUCUUUGGAAAUCAGUCACUGAUAGCUGCACUGAGUGCAACCGGGCUCGUCUCAAACAGCAUAUUUGCUCCGAUGAUCAACGAGGAGGUUUUUACCUGGAAGGACUUUUGUGCCAUAUUCUUUGCAUUUGCUGGGACAACGCUUAUAGUUAUGAACACGGCCAUUACUCAUAAGAUGUAUACCCUGUGCGAGCUCAUGAAGAUGUAUAGGCGCACAGAAACAUUGAUAUGGUUUGGAUUUAUUGUUCUUGUGAUUGUGGUCCUUUUCACCUUCAUCAAGUACGUAGAAGUCAAUAGCAAUUGGGAGCUUCCCGAUGAGAGCAUGACGUUCUUAAGAAAGGAAGGCGUCUGGUUUGACGAGGAGGGGGUGGUUAUGAAGUAUACGAUGGUUCUUGCCUAUGUCUGCCUUUCCUCGUUUAUAGCAUCCUUUACAACCUUGUCUGUUAAAAGCCUUGGAGAAAUGAUUGAUAAGACAAUUGCUGGUGAUAACCAAUUUAUAUUUCUCACAACGUACCUCUUUAUCAUGACUCUUGCAAUAUGUACAUUCUUCCAAAUAUACUGGCUCAACAGAGCCUUGAGACACUACGAUGCUUUGCUUGUGAUUCCGAUGUUCCAUGUCACCUGGACCCUUCUGAGCAUACUUACUGCCGGGAUUUACUUUAGAGAGUUCGAGCAGUACACCAGCUAUCAGCUGGAUGUGUUUGCUGCAGGAGUAGGGAUGAUUUUCGUCGGUUCCUUCUUUCUAGGAAGCAGGAUAACAAACAAAACCCGUAUUAGAACUAGGAACAUUGACACAGGGCCUCAAAAGAUACUAAAGAACCAAUAA